UCUUACGGAGCUUGAUUCCAUCUCCGUCGUCGUAAGAGAAAAAUGGCGAAGCGAUUGAUCCCGACGUUAAACCGUGUGUUGGUUGAGAAGAUUCUUCAACCGUCGAAGACCGUCUCCGGCAUUCUCCUACCGGAAACAUCUUCUCAGUUGAAUUCGGGGAGGGUGAUAGCAGUUGGUCCUGGAGCGAGAGACAGAACCGGGAAUCUGAUUCCGGUUUCGGUUAAGGAAGGAGACAGUGUUCUUUUGCCUAAGUUCGGUGGUACUCAAGUGAAGCUCGGAGAGAAAGAGUUUCUUUUGUAUAGGGAUGAAGAUCUCAUGGCUACUCUUCAUGAUUGAUGUGUUGAGACUAGAGAGAGAGAGAUUUGAGUUGAUGAUUGCUCUCUGUUAUGUUUUCUGCAAUUUUUCAUCGGUUUCGACUUUUGGAUCAAUUUUAUGAAUUGAUGAAUCAAUGUUGGCAAAUAAUUUUCAUUUCA